AAUAAAUAUGAGCAAGCCAGCCGAGAAAGAUAUUAAGAUUAACUACGACGACGAGACUAUGGAGUUCAUCGACAUCAGCUCCGACCCUGAAGCUGCUGAGUUUAGAAAGAAAGUCGUCAUUCCCUACUUCAAGGACAUCUUCAAAAGUUUGUCCGAAUCUUGCAAGGACCAGGAAAAGAAUGUGGACAAGGUCACCUUCUUGCAGUAUACCAACCUGCCAGGGGUCCUCGGAGAUAGGAUCUACGCCAUCCUUGAUGAAGACGAGGACGGACUGCUCGAUGUCAAAGAAUUCAUCGGAGGACUCUUCAAGAUAUACUUUUCGUCUUUCGAGGUUAAGUGCCAGUUUGUGUUUGAUAUCUACGACUUCGAUGGAGAUGGAGAGAUCUCAAGAGAAGAUGCCAGGAUCAUCCUCUCGUACAUCCCUCAGGUCUCCCAGACCAUCAAGGAGCUCGAGAGGUCGUUCGAGCCAGAAGACAAGAUCAGGAAGAAAAUGUUCGAGAACCGUAUUAGUGCGCAAGAGCAGAUCGAGGAACUCUGUGAUGCUGUUUUCAAAGAAGGCGGCGAGAACAUCACCAGAGACCUCAAGAGCUUCAUGGCCAUUGUUGAGAAAGAUUGCUCAGACCUUCUGGUUUCCAUUUUGACUGUGAUCCGAGACUGUUUGCCUUGCACAGAUACUUUUUGGGAAAAUAUGCAUGAGUAUUACAAGCAGAAAGAUGGAACUGACUUUUCUAAAACAGGGGUUCCAUCUCCCAAGUUUUUGAAACAGUUUUCUCCCAGAGGUGACAAAUCGUCGUCCAAGAGCAUGCUCGGCGCUGCUGCCACAAAUAAUAAACUCGGUAGAGCAAGCCCAGAUGCAUUCUCAGAGUUCGACAUUGAAGACAACAUUGAUGAAAUUGCACAAGGGUUUGCGAAAGAAGAUGAGAAGAGGAAGAAGCGAGAAGAGCGCAUGAACGAGCCUGGUAGUCCCCAGGUUCACGGUGACGCAAUCAGACUUGCGAACAAGACUGUCUUCGGUAAAGGCGGUUCUUCAAUGCUGAGAGCCGCUGCUACUAAAACAGGCGAAGAAAGAAAAGAGCGUUUCUCUUCACCAAGCAGAAUUCUCAGUGGCGACCAUGAAGAUGAGAAAGACGCUGAUGAAGAUGUAGUCACUCACAGUGGAAUCAUGCACAGAGAGUCUGGUGAGCGCAAACUCAAAGGCUACUACUACAGACUCAAAAACAAAGAUCUCUACUACUACAAGAAGGAGUCAGAUGAAAAGUACAAAGGAAUGUAUGCCCUCACAAAUGUCUUUUUGAGAGAAGAAGACCCAGAACCAUACGACGACGAGAACUACGUGUAUUCAUUCACUCUGAUCUUCGUGUCCAAAGAACGCAAGUUCUACUGACUCAAGAAAGACAAGUAUGCUGAGUGGAUCGCCAAGCUGAAGCAAGCCAUCGGAUACUACAGCAUCACGACCUACUACGACAUCAAGGACACCAUCGGCAAAGGCAAGUUCGGAAGGGUCAAGCUGGCCAUCCACAAGAAGACCGACAAGAAGGUAGCUGUCAAGAUUCUCAAGAAGAAGAAGAUGGAUGCAGAAGACUUUGAACUUUACAAGCGAGAAGUCGAAAUCUUGAAGAUUUGCCAGCAUCCCAAUAUCAUCAGAUUGCUCGAUGUCUUCGAAAACUCAGACUACAUUUACAUUGUGAUGGAGUACUUGAGCGGAGGACCACUUCUGCAAUACUUCAAAGGCAGAAAGUACAAGCUCAAAGAGUCUAGAGUCAGAGACAUCGCCCACCAGAUCGCCGCAAGUCUGUUUUACCUCAAGAGCUUCGGAAUUGCUCACAGAGACAUGAAGCCUGACAACAUCAUCAUGGCCACUGACGAUGACGACAGCGAGAUCAAGUUGAUUGACUUCGGGCUGUCCAAGAUCAUCGGGCCCAAGGAGAGGUCGAAGGACCCCUUCGGCACGAUCCCAUACGCAGCGCCCGAGAUCAUCCUGAGGAAGCCGUACUCGCAUAGCGUAGACAUCUGGAGUCUGGGAGUGACAGUCUUCUUCCUGCUGACUGGGUUCCAUCCAUUCGACUCACACGACCAGCAGGAGUUGCUCAAGAAGAUCGUGAGGCAGGACCCUGACUGGGACGCUGACGAGUGGGCUGGCGUCAGCGACUCUGCUAAGGAACUUGUCAAAAAGCUGCUGACCAAGGACAAGGAACAGAGAAUCGAAAUCGAAGAAGUCCUCGAGCACGAGUGGAUCACCGAAGGAAACGAGAAGCUGAGGCUGAUGAGAAGGAACUCGGGUUCUUACCUAGAGAGGCUUCAGAACUUCUCGAUCACAAAGGCAGACGAUGAGGAGCAGAAGGAUAAUUAAGCAAGCGU